GUGGUUUGGGAAGAACAUUGUGUCGCCAAGAUGGUGGAACUGGCUGUGGCUCAAUGAGGCUUUUGCUUCUUUCUUCGAUUACCACAUUGUCGAUCAGCUGGAUCCAAACAGACGCAAUACGGAGCAGUUCAUUGUCCAAUCGCUGCACAGCACACUGGCGUCCGACAGUUUAUUGUCGUCACAUCCGCUGACAGCUGAUGUCGAAAGCCCGGAUGAAAUCCAAGCCAUCUUUGACAGCAUCACUUAUAACAAAGGUUCCGCCAUUGUGCGCAUGAUGUAUUUUAUGAUGGGAAAACGAAUUCUACGGCGCUCUGAAUGUUUACCUUCGUAACCGACAGUACGACGUAGCAGACCACGACGACCUGUGGAACGCCCUGGAUGAGUAUUCAUCCAGUCACAACCUGGGCCUUAACAUGGCAAACCCUAAUGGACCCUUGGGUGACACAGAUGGGCUACCCGGUUGUCUCUGUCAAGAGGAACGGAACCGAUAAAAUUGUACUGACUCAGGAAAGAUUCGUGACUUCCACUGAUGGCACCUCGGACGAAGGAGAAUAUGGAUACAAGUGGGACAUCCCUGUGACCAUUGUGACCAGCGUAAACCCAAAUUUUAAUGUGGGGAAGCAAAACCUUAUAUGGUUUUAUCGCAGCACACCUGAGAUAACCAUUAAUGUCCCUCCUACGACUACGUGGUUGAUUGUCAACGCGCAGCAGUACGGUUAUUUCCGUGUGAAUUAUGAAGACGAGAUGUGGAUGAAGAUCAUUGAGCAGCUCAGUAAUGAUCCUUCUGUCAUUCACCCAAUCAACAGAGCCCAAAUAAUCAACGAUGCAUGGAGUCUGGCAAAGAAAGGCGAUCUGAACAUGAGCAUCGCACUGCAGACAAUCAAUUUCCUGAGGAAUGACGAUGACUACGUCCCUUGGAGGGCGAUAACCAGUGAGCUGACUUAUCUCGACUUGAUGCUCAGCACAACUGAGCUUUAUGGAAAGUUCCAGAAAUUUAUGAAGGACCUGGUCAACGAUACUUUCCUCAAGAUCGAGAACACAAAUAUAACCGACGAAACGCCAAUAAACAUUUUCAACAACAACGAAUCACAUCCUAUGCAUGCGACUACGGCAUUGAGCAGUGCAAGAUCAUGGCAACCACGAAGUUCGCUGAAUACAGACAAAACCCUACGGACAACAAAAUUAACGUCGACCUACGAUACAUUAUCUACUGCAACGGAAUCCGUUACGGAACCCAGGAGGACUGGGAUUUCUCUUGGAACUGUACAAGUAUACUUCGUCCUCCUCUGAGAGGUCCAACCUACAGAGAGGGUUGGCGUGCACCAGGGACCCGUGGCUUAUACACAGGUUUAUGAGGCUGACCCUGGUUCUCGUCAUCAAGCCGCAGGACGUGAGGGCAGCCCUGGAGGCAGUCUCAGCUAACCCCUCCGGCAGGACCAGGCCUGGACAUUCCUGAAAGAGAACUUAGUAUCU